AUGGACGUUCCCAAGCCUGGCGAGUGGCCAGUCGACCCUCAAGAAGAUCAAGAGCCUCGAAAAGACCGCAUCUGGGUAGACGGUUGCUUCGACUUUGCCCACCAUGGCCAUGCCGGUGCUUUGCGUCAGGCUCGACAGUUGGGUAAAGAACUUUAUGUUGGACUUCAUUCCGACGAAGAAAUCCUGGUGAACAAGGGCCCGACGGUUAUGACUUUGAAUGAGCGUGUUGCUGCUGUUGAUGCUUGCCGCUGGGCUACCAAGUCGAUUCCAUACGCACCGUACGUGACAUCCUUGCCAUGGAUCUCCCACUAUGGGUGUUGGUACGUAGUCCACGGAGACGACAUCACUUCAGAUGCUGGUGGCGAAGACUGCUACCGCUUCGUCAAGGCUGCAGGGCGCUUCCUGGUGGUCAAGAGGACUGCGGGAAUAUCUACAACUGAUCUUGUUGGAAGAAUGCUACUUUGCACCAAGACGCAUUUCAUCAGGUCACUGAUGGAUGAGCUCAAGAGCAACGAUGAUGGAGCUGAGAAGCUUCAGAAAAUCAAAGAAUAUGCCACCGACGAGACUGCCCUCAAUCCGGGGUGUGAAGUUUGGAAUUGGGCUCAGGCUAGUCACGACAAGUCUUUACACGAGACGAUUGAUGCUGGGACCUUUUCGAACAUCGUCUCUGGAAACGGCCCAAAGCCUGGUCAACGUAUCGUCUAUGUCGAUGGCGGCUUUGACCUAUUUUCGUCCGGCCACAUCGAGUUCCUCAAGCGUGUCAAUGAAGCAGAGAAGGGUGAAGCAUAUGUCGUGGCAGGCGUGCACAAUGACGACGUUAUCAACCAUUGGAAGGGGUUCAACUACCCGAUCAUGAACAUCUUCGAGCGUGGCCUUUGUGUGCUGCAAUGCAAAUACAUCCAUGCAGUUGUCUUUGGCGCUCCAUUCGUUCCUUCAAUACCGUAUCUGGAGAGCAUACCCUUUGGAAAGGUUGACGCCGUCUACCACGGCCCCACGUCGUAUCUGACUUCGAGUUUCGAUCCUUACACAGACGCAAAGAAAAUGGGCAUCCUUCGACAAAUUGAAGCUCAUCCAUACGCUCAUGUCAACGCAGAGGAGAUUGUCGGCCGCAUUCUCAAGGGCAGAGAAGCCUUCGAGGAGCGACAACGACGAAAGGGUCAAAAGGCAAUUGGAGAGGAAGCCGCAAGAGAAAAAGAACUUCUAGAACAACGGCAAUCAGAAGCAGGCGUAAAUCAAUAG